AUGCGAACCUUUUGUACACCACUCUCAGUGAUCGAGUCUCUUUCGCUUUCUCAAGGCCAUUCCCCGGCCAUAAGACGCGUGAACUCUGAAUCUCUUGAUAAUGAAUUUGAAGCAAUUUCCUAUGCAACGCAUUGGCAGAACAUCAAUACUGCUGCAAAGAAUUGGAUCGCAGAACUAUCGCAACUGGGCAUCAAAAGAGGCGCUGUAGUUGGUCUUUGGAUGAGGGGGUGGUCUUAUGAAGACUUGUUGCAUUAUCUCUCGCUUCAAAGAGCUGGAUUCAUCCCUCAGUUAUUCUCCAUUCGGAUGACGGACCCUUCGAUUGUAUAUGAACUUCUUGGAAAAAGCAACGCAGCAGCUCUUCUAUACGACCCAAUCUUCUCUAUUGCUUCUUUCAUGGGCUCGCAUACUCAUUUGGGCAAUACAAUCAACCUUGCAGGCAUCUUGGCAUGUGGAGGUUGCUUGAUCCCACCGACCAGCAUUCCUUAUCCGAGUUUUGAGCUUAAACAUAUGAUCUCCAAGGGAGGUUUAACAAUACUGAACACCUUUCCUGCCCUACUAUCAGGGAUGUUCGAUGAAGCACGUCAGAGCGGCCCUUUUCUUGAACUGCUCCAAGGACUUGAAAAGAUCAACUUUGCUGGCCAAGUCCUUGAACCAAGAGAUGAAGCCUGGGCCCGCCAAAAUGGGCUGAAGCUGAUAAAUCUUUAUGGAUCUACAGAACUUGGAUUGUCAAUGAUCUCCUCGUCUACAUCGGCGUAUCUAUCGCCGUUGCCUGAGUCGGGAUGUCAGUUCAUCCCUUUGGGUGGAUCCGCAUCAUCGCCACAGCUCCUCGAGCUUCUAGUUCGAGCAGAGGCAGAUGACUGUCCCCAUCCUUCUCUCAGAGACAAAAUGGACGGCAUGUUCCACACCGGUGAUCUCUUUGAACAAGUUGAUGCUGAUCAGUAUGUCUACAAAGGUAGGGUUGACGACAGGAUCAAGAUGCAGCUCGCUUUGGUCUGUGACGCGGGUUCUCUCGAGUCAGAAGCGAUGCAAGUAUGUGAGGCUGAUCUUAUCAGCGCUGUCUCUGUUAUUGGUUAUGGACGCCCAUCGCCAGCCAUGGUGGUCGAGGCAAAGAAUGAUGACAUUUUACACGUGGAUAAAGAUGAGUUAUUGGCGUUCAAGCAGCAUAUCGUUCAGCGAAUUGCACCGUUCCAUCAACGGAAGUACUUUCAUGAGCGUAUUGACGAUGUGCGUCUUGUUUUCGUCGCAGCGAAGGGCACUUUGCCGAGAACUGCAAAGGGGAAUAUUAUGAGAAAGGCGGUCGAAGAGAUGUUCAGAAUGGAACUAGAUCAGAACUACGAUGCUGUUUACAUGUAUGAUGCUAAAUAG